UAGAAAGAAUCCUCACUCUGUGAGAGAAAGGAAGAAAACAUGGCGCCAACAUACACUCUUUAUCACGGCACAUUCAUCCAACUACCGCGCCACAUCCCCAUCGACACAAAACCGAGUCUGGGAAUCAAUACUGGCGUUCUAUGGGUUUCGAAUAGAGAUGGAAAGAUUGAUGGAUUUGAUUGGAGUGUUAAUCCAGACUUAGAAGAGGCUUUGGAUUUGUUUGUGAAGAGUAAAGGGUGGAGUGUUUGGAGGGAUGGUGUUGAUGCUAAAGACGGAGUGGAGACGGUGGUUAUUGUCAAGGGUGGUAGAGAUGGGAGGAAUGGAUUCUUUUUUCCUGGGUUUAUUGAUACACAUAUCCAUGCCUCUCAAUACCCAAAUGCAGGUAUAUUCGGCUCAUCCACACUACUAGACUGGUUGAAGAAAUAUACCUUUCCCAUGGAAAAGUCCUUCGGAGCAGAGGAAGAAGGAGAACGAGCUCCUCCACAGGCAUACACAGUCUAUAACAAAGUUAUUUCUCGUACCCUGUCCCACGGCACAACGACAGCUUCUUAUUUCGCCACUAUACACGUGCCCGCUACAAACUUGCUAGCGGCACUGUGUCAUCAACGCGGUCAACGCGCGUUCGUGGGGAGGGUAUGCAUGGAUAAUCUUGUUUUUUGUCCGGAUGAAUACCAUGAUGCAUUUAGUGAGGAGUCGGUGAGCGCUACGAAAGAAGUUAUUGAGUAUAUCCACAAACUUGAUCCGGAGGGGAAACUUGUUGCGCCUAUCGUUACGCCGAGAUUUGCGCCUACAUGUUCACACGCUGCAUUAUCUGGGUUGGGACGAUUGGCCUCGUCAUAUAGUCCGGCGUUACAUAUUCAGACGCAUAUAUCGGAGAAUAAGAAUGAGGUUCUUCUUGUCAAGGAACUAUUCGAGAAGUCAGAAGGGUAUGCGCAUGUUUAUGAUGAGACGGGUCUAUUGACGCCUAGGACUAUACUUGCGCAUGCGGUACAUCUCACCCCAGAGGAGCGAGCGCUUGUAAAAAAGCGAGAUGCGAAGAUAUCGCAUUGUCCGGCGUCGAAUAGCGCGUUGGGAUCUGGUCUAUGUCCCGUUCGGACAUUGAUGGAUGAUGGGAUCACGAUUGGACUGGGUACGGAUGUUAGUGGUGGUUACUCGCCUAGUAUCCUUGAAGCGUCGCGACAAGCCUGUCUUGUUUCGCGAUUGGUUGCUUCCCAGGCUUCUGUUACCACUGGACGAGAGACACUUAGCGUCGAAGAGGCGCUGUACCUCGCGACGAGAGGCGGUGCGCAGGUCGUCGAUAUGGCGGAUCAGAUAGGCGGAUUUGAGAAGGGGAUGUAUUUUGACGCACAGUUGAUUGAGUUGGGACCUGCUGUUGAGAGUAUAUCUCAUGAAUCAAGCCAUGAUGUGGUGCUUGGAGGGACAGAAGAUACGGGCAAUGUUGAUGUGUUUGGAUGGGAGAACUGGGAAGAAAAGAUUGCGAAGUGGGUGUGGAACGGUGAUGAUCGUAAUGUUAGAGCUGUCUGGGUUAGUGGGAGGUUGGUACAUAAGAGGGGUGUAUAGCAUAG